UCUCUUCCCAGAUAAGGACAAGGAAAAUAACGAAAGAAUAGUUAUUUGACUCGGCAUUGAGAGAUGAGUAAAGAAACUUCUGAAAAGAAGAGAAAUUCCGAUUGAUUCGCUGUGCUUUUAAGGUUUUACUCCACAAGGCUUUAAAGAGAGCAGACAAGCCAGGGGAUGUCAAAGUCAAGAAAGGAAUGCAUAGAAGGAAAGACUGGAAUUCCACUGUGAAGGUGUCAGCUUUUGGUAUCACCUGGAGGGUUGGAUCUUGGAUGUCCAAGCAGAAUCAAACUAGUCCACCGGCAAGUCCAUGCUUCGAUGUUAUCCAGCUGCACACAUAAAUGGCGCUUGUUUCUUCCUAGUUUGUAUGAACUAUUUAAUACCGUUUAUCAUCUAUAUGCCGGCCGCGUUUUAGUUCCAAGGUGGUAAGAGCGGUGUCACGACCGUUCGCUUUUCAGGGACAGCUCUCCGAUCUCUCCUCUCUUUUUCCUGUUGUUAUCUCUCUAGCUAUGGAUGCGCAUCAUGCUUCCAUUGGACGUCGAACGUUGGAAGAAAUUCGCUUGAAAAGAGCCGCGGAAAGAAUCAAUAAAACCUCAUCCGGUUCCGAUUUGGAAACUUUGAAUCAAUAUGGGAUGCACGGGUCGGGGAGCGGAGACCGUCUUAUGGAGAGAGAUUCAUUUGCUUUACUAUCUCAAGUUAAAGAGCUUCAAAGUAAAUGUGGAGAUUUAGAAAAAGAAAAUCAGAAGCUGUUGGCUAAGCUUGAAGAAAAAGAAGCUGACAAUAGUUCAUUAUUGAAGAAUUUAAAAGAACUAGAAGACAAUACUAUACCUUCUUUGAGAAAGGCUUUGAAAGAUGUUUCAAUUGAGAAGGAUGCAGCAAUGGUUGGGAAGGAGGAUGCUCUGUCCCAACUCCGGACAGCUAAAAAACGACUGAAGGAGGCAGAAGAAGAGCAAUACAGAGCAGAAGAGGAUGCUGCAGCCUUGCGAGCAGAGUUAAAUUCUCUACACCAACAAGUUAUGGCAAAUCCAUACGGUGGCAUUCCAUCUGUUGAUAGGAUACCAGAUAGUGUCCUUUCUAUGGAAAAGGAAAUUACAGAAUUGAAGUCACAGUUGCAGAAAGAGUCUCAAUUGAGACAGCAAGAGCAGCGUAAAUUAGCUGAACAGCAGCUUCAAGUUUCUUCCCUCACAACUCAAAAGAUCAAUUUGGAAGAUAGAUUAGCAGCUUUGUCAAAGAAGGUAUCAGAAGAGACCGCAGAUUCAGCUUAUCGAAAGGCAUUUUCCCAGCAAGACAAGGAGACAUUUGAGAAGCAAUUACAUGAUUUGGCGGUGAUGGUUGAGAGGCUUGAAAGUAGCCGUCAGAAGUUGCUCACGGAGAUCGACUCGCAAUCUUCUGAGAUAGAAAGGCUAUUUGAGGAAAACUCCAAUUUGUCAGCUUCUCACCAAGAUGCAUUGGGGCUUGCUAUGCAUUGGGAAAACCAGGUUAAAGACUGUUUGAAGCAGAAUGAAGAGCUUCGCCUUCUUCUUGAUAAACUCAGAUCUGAGCAAAUCCAAAGAGGUAACAGUGCUCCAUUUCAUACUGAACCCGGGAGAAGUAUUUCAGAUAUUUCUAUUCCUCAUGAACAAGUCACUGAAAGCCCACUUCUUAAGGACCUGCUUGCUAAAGAACAAAGUAGAGCUGAGGCACUAUCAGCUGAGGUAAUGAAGCUGUCAGCUGAACUCAAACAUGCAGCCCAAGCAUACAAUAAUCUCACUCGCCUAUAUCGGCCUGUGCUCCGCAACAUUGAGAAUAACCUUAUGAAAAUGAAACAGGAGAGUUUUGUGACUAUUCAGUGAUAUUUUCCAUGUAGCUUCUGAAAUCAAUUCUCAGUUCAAAGUACCUGAAAUCAAUAAGCCAACCUGAAACUUAGUUGCUUACGGAAUUCAUAAUGGCAAAGCUUGAGAACUCGCGGAAUGUAUUUUCAUAGCAUGAAAAAGUGAUCCUCGUCUGAAUAACAAUGAUUUUUUUUGUAUGUUUAGCCGAUCUCGUGAGAAUUCCU